CACUCGGAAAGUGGAUACGUUUUUCCCGCUGCUCUACGAGACCUCAACAUUUCCAAUUAUUUUCAGCCAAGAAAUUCGCUACAGGAAAUCAGUUCCAGAUCUAUCCAGCCUACCAUGUCUGAACCAGGUUCUGGUUGUGGUGUUCCAGCCCAGAGAAGCUCACAGCAGGGUCCAGAGUUGCUGUCAGUGAAGCUGGGGUACUGCAGUCAAACAGUGGAACUCAAUGUGAUUGUCAAGGAGGAGGGCGAGGAGAGAGAAAUCAAUGAGCGGGAGGAGGAAGAGCGAGAGGAGGACAGGGCCUCUUUUGACUCAGGAGAGAUCCCCAACCCAGACUCAGUCAACGAGCCCAGUUCCACAGCUUCAAGUCUGCCUGGUUGUGGGAGUUACCCCUGUCCUCAAUGUGGGAAGUGUUUCAGUCGAGCAGGAGACCUGAAGACUCAUCAGAGAUCCCACAGUGGAGAGAAGCCUACCUGUACUCUCAAUGUGAUUGUCAAAGAGGAGGACGGUGACUGUACUCUCAAUGUGAUUGUCAAAGAGGAGGAGGAUGAGAAGGAAAAGAGAGGAGUUGAGGAAGAGAAGGAAACUAGUGGUAUAGUUGACCCAGAUACAUCAAGACUUCGUGGUCGUUACCCUUGUCCUCAAUGUGGAAAGAGUUUCAGUUCCUCAGGUAAUCUAAAGAAUCAUCAAAGAGUUCACAAUGGAGAGAAACCUUACCACUGCUCUCAAUGUGGAAAGGGUUUCAGUCGAGCAGGAGACCUGAAGACUCAUCAGAAAUCGCACAGUGGAGAGAAGCCUCACCACUGCUCUCUUUGUGGGAAGUGUUUCAGUCGAGCAGGAGACCUGAAGACUCAUCAGAAAUCGCACAGUGGAGAGAAGUCUGCCAGUACUUUCAAUGUGAUUGUCAAAGAGGAGGAGGAUGAAAAGGAAAUCGAUGAGACGGUAAAGAGAGAAGUUAAGGAAGAGCAGGAACCUAGUGGUGUAGUUGACCCAGAUACAUCAAGACUAUCUGGUCGUGGUCGAUUCCCCUGUCAUCAGUGUGGGAAGAGUUUCCGUUCCUCAGGUAAACUAAAGAAUCAUCAAAGAGUACACACUCGAGAGAAACCAUUUCACUGUGCCACAUGUGGGAAGAGUUUCCGUGAAAAAUUCAACCUCACGAGACAUGAGAAGGUACAUAGUGGGGAGAAGCCGUAUCACUGCACCCAGUGUGGGAAAAGCUUCAAUCGUUCUGGAAGUCUUAAGGAACAUCAAAGAGUACAUACAGGGAGAAGCCUUACCACUGCUCUCUUUGUCAGAAGAGUUUUAGUCAGCCAGGAAACCUUAAGAAACAUCAGAGAAUACAUACAGGGGAGAAGCCUUACCGUUGCUCUCUGUGUGGAAAUAGUUUUUGUUUUGCUGGAAACCUAA